AUGCCAAGCGAGCAAAUACUACCAGUGCAUGCUAGUGCACCAGAGGCAGAGUCACCUAGUGGCACGGGCCUCGGUGACAAGAAGAAUUUUAUUUACGGUGGUGUUGGUGGCUUUGCCGGGUUGGGUGGCUAUGCCGGCAUUGGUGGUGUGCUGCCAAUCCUCGGUGGCCUUGGUGGAGGAAUUGGCAAAGUUGGUGGACUUGGUGGGGUUGGUGGGAUAGGUGGCAUUGGGGGUGCUAGUGGUCUUGGCGGUGCAGGUGGUCUAGGUGGCAUUGGGGGUGCUAGUGGUCUUGGCGGUGCAGGUGGUCUAGGUGGCGGCGCCGGUGGACUAGGUGGUGGAGUUGGCGGCGCGAGUGGUGCCGGUGGUCUGGGUGGUGCUGCUGGUGGUGGAGUUGGUGGUGGCCUGUUCCCACGUCCUUAA